AUGAUUUCAAUGAAAUGGAAAGAAAAGCUUUUAAUCAUACAAAUUGGCCGAGUAUUUUUAAAAUGCUGUAUGGUUCAUUUUAUUAUCUCUAUCAUAGAAUUGCUUUAAUACUAUUAUGUUAGCAUUUUCAAGAAGUAUUUAUUAGAGCGUUGAAAAAGUGUUGAUAUGGAAAUCUAACAACAAACAAUGUAUCUGUUUUUAACAUUGAUUGGUUUUGUGAUGUCUUCACACAGGGAUAUAUCGUGCACUUUUAUUCCUUUCUGGGUUUUCGUGUCUCAUAAUUUUACUGAUCUACAAAUGGAGAAGAAGACAUUUAUCAAUGUAUGACAACAUUGAAAAAUUCUUGCAAAGCUAUGAGAAUGAUCUCAUGCCGAUAAGGUACUCUUAUUCAGAGAUUAAGAAGAUAACAACCGGAUUUAGAGACAAGUUGGGUGAAGGAGGUUUUGGCUUAGUAUAUAAAGGAAAGCUUCGUAGUGGUCGUUUUGCAGCAGUUAAAUUAUUAGGCAAGUCAAAAGCCAAUGGACAAGAUUUUAUCAACGAAGUUGCCACAAUCGGAAGAAUCCACCAUGUCAAUGUCGUGCAACUCAUAGGCUUCACAGUUGAGGGAUCGAAGCGUGCUCUUAUAUAUGAGUUCAUGCCUAAUGGAUCUCUUGAAAAGUAUAUUUUUUCUAAGCAAGGUAGUGUCCCACUAAGCAAUGAGAGAAUAUAUGAGAUAUCUCUUGGGGUGGCUCGUGGCAUUGAAUAUCUACAUCAAGGUUGUGAUAUGCAGAUUUUGCAUUUUGAUAUCAAGCCCCACAACAUUUUGCUUGACGAAAAAUUUGUUCCAAAAAUAUCAGAUUUUGGACUAGCAAAAUUGUACCCAACAUCUAAUAACACUGUGCCCCUCACUGCCGCUAGAGGAACGAUAGGAUACAUGGCUCCUGAACUAUUUUAUAAAAAUAUUGGAGGUGUCUCGUACAAAGCAGAUGUCUAUAGUUUUGGAAUGUUAUUGAUGGACAUGGUAGGAAGAAGGAAGAACCUGAAUGAAUUGGCAAAUCAUUCAAGCCAAAUUUACUUUCCUUCAUGGGUUUAUGACCAAGUUAGUGCAGGCAAGGACAUAGAAAUACAAGAAAAUGCGACAGAAUAUGGGAAGAAAACUACAAAGAAGAUAAUUAUUGUGGCAUUGUGGUGUAUACAACUGAAACCUAGUGAUCGUCCCUCAAUGCAUAAAGUUGUAGAGAUGCUUGAGGCAGAUGUUGAAUCCUUACAAAUGCCUCCUAGGCCUUUUCUCACCCUACAACAUAUACCAGAAGAUAAUGAUAAGGAUAAUCCAGCAAAGUUAUCAGAUCCACCAAAUGAUUGUAUUGACUCUUCAUAUCAAUUUGGUCGUUAAUGAUGAAAAUACAACUAUGUAUUUAUUAA